CCCGCCCGCCCGUCUCGGAGGUGGGCGUCGCGUGGCGCGCGCGUGCCGCGCUCGCGGGCCCCGGAUGCGGAAGUGGCGGGCGCUGCCUCAGGAGCCUGGUCGCGGCGCCGCCGCUGCGCCCGGCCGCCGGCGGGGGACGCGGGAGCGGCACCGGGAGAUAUGCAAGAUGUCAUCUACUGUGUUUACUCAAAGCAGCUGAACUGAGAAGCACCUUGGUGCUGACGGGGCCCCCCCACGGUCGUGGGGGACCUCCUCUUCCCAGAGAAGAACUAGAGCUCAAGAUGAGAACCAACAAGGUGUACAAGCUCGUCAUACAUAAGAAGGGGUUUGGAGGCAGUGAUGAUGAACUGGUGGUGAAUCCUAAAGUAUUUCUUCAAAUCAAGCUGGGAGAUGUUGUGGAAAUUGCACAUCCCAAUGAUGAAUACAGCCCCCUGCUCCUGCAAGUGAAGUCACUUAAGGAAGAUUUGCAGAAAGAAACUAUAAGUGUGGAUCAGACUGUUGCACAGGUAUUCCGACUGCGGCCAUACCAGGAUGUCCACGUGAAUGUCGUUGACCCAAAGGAGGUGACCUUGGACUUGGUGGAGCUGACUUUUAAAGAUCAGUACAUUGGGCGUGGGGAUAUGUGGCGGCUGAAGAAAAGUUUGGUCAGCACAUGUGCUUAUGUCACCCAAAAAGUUGAAUUUGCGGGUAUCAGGGCGCAAGCAGGUGAACUGUGGGUGAAGAGUGAGAAAGUCACUUGUGGCUACAUCAGUGAGGACACCCGGGUGGUCUUCCGCUCCACUUCAGCCAUGGUUUAUAUCUUUAUCCAGAUGAGCUGUGAAAUGUGGGAUUUUGAUAUCUAUGGGGACCUGUACUUUGAGAAAGCUGUGAACGGAUUCCUUGCUGACCUCUUCACAAAAUGGAAGGAGAAGAAUUGUAGCCAUGAAGUGACAGUGGUUCUAUUUUCUAGAACAUUUUAUGAAGCAAAAUCUAUAGAUGAGUUUCCUGAAACGCAUCGUGCCUCAAUUCGGCAGGAUCAUGAGGGAAGAUUUUAUGAAGAUUUUUACAAAGUUGUGGUUCAGAAUGAGAGACGAGAAGAAUGGACCUCAUUGCUCGUGACCAUUAAAAAGCUUUUCAUCCAGUAUCCUGUCCUUGUACGACUAGAGCAAGCAGAGGGCUUUCCGCCGGGUUACAAUUCUACCUCAGCACAAGGGAACUACCUGGAGGCCAUAAAUCUUUCAUUCAAUGUGUUUGACAAGCAUUACAUUAACCGGAACUUCGAUCGGACUGGCCAAAUGUCUGUGGUUAUCACACCUGGCGUGGGUGUGUUUGAGGUAGAUCGGCUCCUUAUGAUUCUAACCAAACAGCGGAUGAUAGACAAUGGGAUUGGUGUGGACUUGGUAUGCAUGGGAGAACAACCACUACAUGCUGUUCCACUCUUCAAGCUCCACAAUCGCUGUGGACCUGGGGACUCCAGGUUGGGUGAUGACUACAAUAUCCCACACUGGAUAAACCAUAGUUUCUACACGUCCAAAAGCCAGCUCCUGUGUAACAGCUUCACUCCUCGGAUUAAGCUGGCAGGAAGAAAGCCGCUGGUUGAGAAAGCAAAAAAUAGCAGAGAUGCCUCGUUAGGGGCUCCAAAAGAUGCUGAGAAUGCCCUGCCUAUCCAGGUAGAUUAUGAUGGCUAUGAUGCCCAGGUGUUCAGACUGCCAGGCCCAUCCAGAGCGCAGCGCUGCACCACUUUCAGCAGGUCUGUGAGGGAGAGAGAAAGCCGUACCAGGAAGAGCUCUAGUUCCUACGAUGUCUCGUGCAGCCCUUCUCUGCAGAGCCGCACCCUGCCUCCAGAGGAGGUGAGGAGUCAGGCUUCUGAUGACAGCUCACUGGGCAAGAUCUCCAACAUCCUGAUGAUCCCACGACCUCACCUGCACCAGUAUGAAGUCAGCAGCUCUUUGGGCUAUACCAGCACCAGAGACGUCCUUGAGAACAUGCUGGAGUCUCAGCAACGUGACUCCAGUGCCCCUGGGAGGUUCCAUGUUGGCAGUGCAGAAUCCAUGCUGCACAUUCGACCUGGCGGUUAUACACCCCAGAGAGCCCUGAUAAACCCCUUUGCCCCGUCCCGCAUGCCCAUGAAGCUUACAUCGAAUAGGAGGCGCUGGAUGCACACUUUUCCUGUGGGUCCAUCAGGAGAAGCUAUCCAGAUUCAUCAUCAAACACGUCAGAAUAUGGCAGAAAUGCAGGGCAGUGGGCAGCAGGAUUUGACACAUUCUUCUGCUGAGCUGCUGGAGCUGGCUUACCAUGAAGCAACUGGCAGACAUAUCAGCUCUCGUCAUCCAGGUGACAGUGCCUCUUUCCUGAGCUUCGGUGGAACAGAAGAAUAUUCUAAUGGUCUGGCUGGCAGUAACGGUGCAGGGAUGAACCUCAAAACUCAGAACAAGGACUCAUUGGAAGAUGCUAUUUCUAACUCUCCAGAUCCAAUUCUGACGCUGUCUGCUCCCCCCGUAGUGCCAGGCUUCUGUUGUACAGUUGGAGUGGACUGGAAAUCUCUUACUACUCCGGCAUGUCUCCCUCUUACCACGGACUACUUUCCCGACCGUCAGAGUCUGCAGAAUGAUUACACUGAGGGCUGCUAUGAUCUCCUCCCAGAAGCUGACAUUGACAGGAGAGAUGAGGAAGGGGUGCAGAUGACAGCCCAACAGGUGUUUGAGGAGUUUAUUUGUCAGCGUCUCAUGCAAGGCUAUCAAAUCAUUGUGCAAUCCAAACCACAGAAACCAGCCACGACUGUGCCACCCCCGCUCAGCAGCAGUCCCCUUUACAGCAGAGGUCUUGUAUCAAGAAAUCGGCCAGAGGAAGAAGAUCAGUACUGGCUGAGUAUGGGCCGUACUUUCCACAAAGUAACGUUAAAGGACAAAAUAAUUACUGUGACUCGAUACCUUCCAAAGUAUCCAUAUGAAUCUGCUCAGAUAAACUACACAUACAGCUUAUGUCCCUCGCACUCUGACUCUGAAUUUGUCUCUUGCUGGGUAGAAUUUUCCCAUGAGCGACUGGAAGAGUACAAGUGGAAUUACUUGGAUCAGUAUAUCUGCUCUGCUGGCUCUGAGGAUUUCAGCCUUAUUGAGUCACUGAAAUUUUGGAGGACCCGCUUUCUGCUGCUGCCUGCCUGCAUCAGUGCCACAAAACGCAUUAUGGAAGGAGAAGUGCACUGCGAUGUCUAUGGAGACAAGCCCCGCUCUGACGAGGAGGAGUGGCAGCUCCUGGAUGGCUUCAUUCGCUUUGUGGAGGGUUUGAACCGAAUUCGUCGACGCCAUCGCUCUGACAGAAUGAUUCGAAAAGGCUCUGCCAUGAAAGGAUUGCAGAUUGCGGGCCCAAUUCCUACCCACUCUCUGGAGCAGGCUGGGCCUCCCAUUGGGAAGAAGGGAACCUCAGCCCUCUCAGCCCUGCUGGAGAUGGAAGCCAGUCAGAAGACCCUGGGGGAGCAGCAAGCAGCAAUGCUGUCUGGGAAGAGCUCCGGGCAGCCUUCGGAGACUGGGAGCAUUGCCAUCACACCCACCUAUAUGGACAGCCCUCGUAAGGUCUCUAUAGAUCAGACAGCCUCCGCAACCUCAGAUGGCAACACGUUGAUAAACGCAGGCCAGUCAGCUGACAGGGGCAGCGCUCAGGCCCUGGGAAGUUCCCAGAGCAUAGCAGACCAAGGAUAUGCUACAGCUGCUUCUGCCGAGAGCGGCUCUCAGCAGUGUUCAGCAAGCUCUCUGACUUCCUCCUCCACCUUGAUGGAGAUUCUUGAAGCCAUGAAACAUCCCACCACAGGGAUCCAGCUGCUCUCUGAACAGAAGGGCCUCUCCCCCUACUGUUUCAUCAGUGCCGAAGUUGUACAUUGGCUGGUGAAUAAUGUGGAAGGUGUGCAAACGCAAGCCAUGGCGAUUGACAUCAUGCAGAAAAUGCUAGAAGAGCAACUGAUUGUCCAUGCAUCUGGAGAAGCUUUACGAACCUUCAUCUAUGGCUUUUAUUUUUACAAGAUAGUUGUGGACAAAGAACCUGAGCGAGUGGGCAUGCAGCAGCCUACCAUGUGGCACACAGCUGCUAUGGAUGACUUCUCCGCCUUUCAGAGGAAAUGGUUUGAGGUGGCGUUCGUGGCAGAAGAGCUCCUGCACUCAGAAAUCCCAGCGUUCCUCCUGCCCUGGCUGCCCAGCCGCCCAGCCUCCUAUGCAAGUAGGCACAGUUCCUUUAGCCGCAGUUUCGGAGGACGGAGCCAGGCAGCUGCACUAUUAGCUGCCACAGUGCCCGAGCAACGGACAGUGACGCUUGAUGUGGAUGUGAAUAACCGCACUGACCGCUUGGAGUGGUGCAGUUGUUAUUACCAUGGCAAUUUCUCCUUGAACGCUGCCUUUGAGAUCAAGUUACACUGGAUGGCAGUGACUGCGGCUGUUCUUUUUGAGAUGGUUCAGGGUUGGCAUCGGAAAGCCACAUCCUGUGGUUUCCUGCUAGUUCCAGUCUUGGAAGGUCCGUUCGCGUUGCCCAGCUACUUGUACGGAGACCCACUCCGAGCUCAGCUGUUCAUCCCACUCAAUGUUAGCUGCUUGUUGAAGGAGGGCAGCGAGCAUUUGUUUGAUGGGUUUGAGCCAGAAACAUACUGGGAUCGUAUGCAUCUCCUCCAGGAAGCAAUAGCGUACAGAUUUGGAUUUGUGCAAGAUAAAUACUCAGCCUCUGCUUUCAACUUUCCAGCUGAGAACAAGCCCCAGUAUAUCCAUGUCACAGGGACGGUGUUCUUGCAGCUCCCGUAUUCCAAGCGGAAAUUCUCCUGUGGGCAGCAGCGACGCCGGCGCAACUCCACGAGCUCCACCAACCAGAACAUGUUCUGUGAAGAGCGCAUUGGCUACAACUGGGCCUACAACACCAUGCUGACCAAAACGUGGCGAUCCAGUGCCACUGGCGAUGAGAAAUUUGCUGACCGGUUGCUCAAAGACUUUACAGAUUUUUGCUGGAACAAAGAUAGCCGGCUUGUCUUGUUCUGGACAGACUGUCUGGAUAAGAUGCACGCUAGUGCUCCGUGAAGGGGGGUGGUGUCUCUGAGGGAGACAGCUAAAAGCUUUAGUGUGACAAGGAAGUAGCGGAGAGUGACUGGAAAAGGGCCUCUCUGUUGCGUUCAUCCUGAGGCUCAGAGGGGACCUGAUCAUUAUUGCUGUUGAUAUUCAACAGAAUUUGAUGAAGCCCUUGGAAAAAGAACCUGGGCUCUUGGCUUGCCAAUACCUAUCGCCUGAUCUCAGCUUGAUUUUAAGUAGCUGCAGCCCUUGAUUGCCAAGACUUCAGUUAGAGCAGAAGUAAAACAGGGAGGGUGCAGAUCGUUCCCAAGGGCAGUUAGAUACUGCACAGAAAGCGGUGGUAGAAGCUUGUCGUCGUUGGAGAUGAUCGGCGCAGUUUGCAUCUGACAUGCGUGACAGCACCCUGCCUCUCGCUCUUUGGAGGUGCACCUGCUUGUGUGAAUAUGUAAGAUAAAAUGUGAGACUUGUUAAAUGUUCAUACAUGUAAAUAAGUAAAAACGCAGAAAACGAA